CAAUAUAAAGUCGUUAGAGUGCGUAGAAGCGGACGAUUUCUCUCUAGGCUUGUGUAUCAUGAGGCAGAUCACUUCGUGUCCACGUGCACAGCAUGUGUACCCCUUCGUAAGCAUGCGCGCCUGCGUUUUACAAGCCCGUGAUCAUCUUGGGCUUUGCAGGCGGAUUUUCUACAUUGUUUGCUCUCUAUUCGUUUGUUUUCACUGUAGAGAACCAGCUCUUUAAAAACAGGUAAGGAAAUAGAAAUUUUUGAAGACCACUACAUAGGAGAGACUGCUAAAGACUGCCUUGUGAUCUCUCCUGUAUAAAAGGACCACUUGGUCUUUUUAUCCAGAACAGAAGGUAUUGUUGAAAAACUAGGAGAAAACUCACAAAUCAAGAUGAUGGAAGAAGUAUUGUGGGCGGUUAUCAUAGGUUUCAUCAUCGCAUUCAUCCUUGCGUUUGCUGUCGGAGCAAACGAUGUCGCCAAUUCUGUCGGAACGUCCGUCGGAUCAAAAGUCCUGUCCCUACGCCAAGCCUGCAUCCUGGCUAGUGUCUUCGAGUUGCUGGGAGCGAUUCUCAUCGGCGCAAAAGUGUCGGACACGAUACGGAAGGGAAUCGUGGAUGUGAAUGUGUACAACGGUACAGAGGAGCUUCUCAUGUUUGGGAAUGUGGCUGCAUUGUCAGGCAGUGGAAUCUGGCUGUUGGUGGCCACCUUUUUCCGCGUGCCGGUCUCGACGACCCACAGCAUUGUUGGUGCUACCAUCGGGUUCACUCUUGUGGCAGCCGGCGCAAACGGUGUCAACUGGUCCAAAGUCGGUCUCAUCAUUGGUUCGUGGGUUAUCUCCCCUGUCAUGUCUGGACUCAUCACUUCAGUCUUCUUCAAGUUUGUGGAGUUCUUCAUCUUGAAAAAGGAGAAUGCUGCUGAGAGAGGUCUGAAGUUUCUGCCAGGAUUUUAUGCAUUCACAAUCAUCAUCAACUUGUUUUCUAUAUUCUACUCAAGAACUCCAUUGCUUGGGUUUGACAAGAUUCCAUUGUACGGAGUGUUCAUCCUGAGUUUUGGGGGAGGGCUGAUCAUGGGACUGUUGGUGUGGAUCUUUGUUGUUCCCUGGAUGAGGAGAAAAAUCCAAGACGCGUGUGGAGAAGAAUUGAACCUGGUGGACUCAAAACCAGCAGUACCCCAUGCGCGCCCUAAUCCUGACCCUGAAAUUCAAGAAGAAUCCAAGACGGACCUAUCCAGUCAGUCCAUGUGGCGCCAAUCCAUCGAAUACAUCUCCAAAUCAUUCCCCAUUACCAUCAUCGGCAAUGCUGUCAAGUACAAUCACGUCGACGAUAAAGCUCGCUGUGACAUCGUUAACGAGAAAAUGGACUCUAACGAGGACGAGAAUCUGAUAAACGCAUCCCUGCCGAACGGCGUGAUCACGAUUGGUUCUCCGAAUGGUGUGAUCGUUCCUGCUGAUGCAAACAUGAAUGCAAAGGAAGAUACUUACAGCCCUGAAGCCAAUGGACAUGUGUGCAAUGGAGAUGUCGUAAGCAAUGGCAACGUUGUCAGUAACGGGGACAUCGCGAGUAAAGAAGAGGUACAUUAUGGUACGCUGCUGUCGAAAGACGUUGAAGAAAAGUUUGAAGACCAUGAAGAUCCCACCUCGCAUCUGCAUAUCGAAGAAGUGAAGGACAAACCAGAGGUGGGGAAGCUGUUCCAGUUUCUACAGGUGCUGACGGCAGGGUUUGGGGCGUUCGCUCAUGGAGGCAAUGAUGUCAGUAAUGCCAUCGGCCCCGUGGUGGCGCUGUGGCUCAUCUACCAGGAGGGUAGCGUGGCGCAGAAGUCGGCCACACCGCUGUGGAUCCUGGCAUACGGAGGGGCUGGCAUGGUCUUAGGACUGUGGAUCUGGGGACGCAGGGUCAUCAAGACUAUUGGGGAAGACUUGACCGCUAUCACCCCCUCAAGUGGCUUCACUAUCGAGAUCGGAGCAGCCACAACUGUACUUAUCGCUUCCAAUAUUGGCAUUCCUAUCAGCACCACCCACUGCAAGGUUGGUUCCAUUGUCUUCGUUGGCUGGUUGAGAUCGAAAGCGUCGGUGGACUGGAAACUGUUCCGUAACAUCGUGUUCGCCUGGGUCGUCACUCUUCCAAUCGCGGGAGGCGUUUCUGCGGGCAUCAUGGCCUUAUUGCGACUUGCGCUAUAAUAACUGCCUGAUAUCUACUUCUCAUGAGUGAAAUAUUGAUAACGGUAUAUUCUAUUGGAACAGAGAUUGUUGACAUGGUGUACAGAAGAUAGAUUUUUUGUCAAAAUUCGCAACCCUCUGCCUUGAAACCUUUAUAUUAUAAAUGCCAUCAUAUCAAUCAUGAAGUCGCUACUUGAUAGACACUCUUGGGAACAUAGAUUGCUAAUAAUUAGGAGAGAACUGGAAUUUGUUUUUCCUUCUGAGAAAGAUUUAGCCACAAAGAUUUGAUAAAUAUAGAAAGGGCCAAAGUUAUUUUGACCGAAAUUCGGUCAUUUAUAACUGCUGUGGUAGGGUGAGACACUAUCAUGGAAUGGUUGCAUGGAAGGUUGUGAGAAUUCACUCAGUAGUCUUGUUGCUGAUAAAGCUCAGAAAAACAAUGGUGUAGAAAUUUUGCUGACUACACGAAUGUUGUCAAUGGCAGUUCUGCAGCCAAGAAAGGUUUUAGUGUUAAGUCUAACUCUGCACAACACCCUGUUCUCUCGACCAAACACCCAAUUAACUAUGCCCCAAACCCUGGCAUGGUCAACUCAGCCCAACACCCUGGUCAACUUGACCCAACACCCUGGUCAACUCUCCCCAACUGGCCAGGGUUUAGAUGAUGUUUGGCUGAGUUGAAGCCAAGCACUGAAUUGGUAAAGGGCAGAGACACCCAACAUCUGUGUCCCCAAAAGUGUCUACUCGGUAUCUGCUUGUUUUCUGGUGCCAUUAUUGUUAAGAACCACUAGCGCCUGUGUGUGCCAAAUACUGCAUGUUUUCACGGACAAACAUGUCUACAUACUGUAUAUACAUGUAUAUAAUCAAAACCGCUCUGAAGUAAGCAAAUGGAAUAGCUGUAAGUUGCUAAGGGGGGCCAAAGUUUGUGUGCUAGUAUCGUUCAGAAAUAGACUUCUCCCAGGGUGUCCAUCAAAAGUAGCAGUAAGCCAACAAGAAAGUGCUUGCAUCAUCUGCACAUUAGCAAUUUUACUGAUGACAUGUAUGCAGUACUAGUGUAUAUUUUGCCAGAGUUGUUUGCUAUUGUUGGAUGGGUCUAUACAAGUAACUGUGAAUGCAUUUGAGUUCGUGGUGAUCGAAUUUUGCAAUUAUAGUAAAAGUAGUGUUAGCGGUGGUUCAGAGUCCACGAAAGUGCAAAACUCAUUAUGCUUCAGUAAUGGAAACCCGGGUACCUUUAUGGACAGCUACAUGUAGUUGAAAACCACAUACUAGUGACAUGGCAACAGUACAGUAUAAAGACGAACAGAACAGUUGCCUCCAACACAUUAUAAUACUGUAUAAUAUAUUGAAGGUACAUGUAGUGCUUUGACAAGGGACAGAAA